UUAUUCAGUGCUUUGCUGAUUCUAGAUGCAUGUAGGUAACAUAACCUUAAAUCAUCGUAUGAAAGCGCAACAAGUGCACGAAACUCCUUAAAUAAAUUUACAAUAUCUUUCCAAUAAUAGAUAUUUUCCAAAUCUCAAUGAAAUAAAGACUUUGAAGUGCUCUCUGGAAUUUUAUUCGCUACAUAAAAAACAAUUUGAUUAAAAGUUGUAACAGAAGAAUAUUGUGAAGAGCCGAUUAAGAAUUCUGUCUCGAGAUGCAGAGUUAAUUUCUGCAUCAAUUGUACCAUGAAUCGUGAAGAGGAAGAACUUGUUCAAAAAGAAAAUCUUUGGAAAUUAUAAUUUAAAUUGUGAACUGUGAGAAUAACAGUUUUGAUUGUGUUAUAAAGAGAAAAUAUUUGAUGGCUAUUAUAUCAAUUUUAAACUUUAACAAGGAAAGAUUUAAUCUGUUUUAAUCUGUGACAACUCUAAUUUAAAACGAAGGAAAAGAUUUGUAAAGGGUUAGUUUCUGAAAGCAGCGACUUAACUAUAAACUAUGGACAGAAAAGAUAUUUAUAACUUGAAUUUUGAACUACGAGCCAGAUUGAUUUGCUUUUGAGAGCUACAAUAUCUCAAUCAUGCCACAUCCUUGCGUCGUCUGCGGCCGUUCACGCAUGAACCCUAAUAAUCGGGAGGAGGAGUACAUGUUUUUCGGCUUUCCAGUGAAUGACGAAACUCGUUGCUGUCGCUGGUUAGAGUUCUGUGGUCGUGAGGACCUCUACAAACUCACAAAAAAGCAGCUUCUUCAGCGUAUGGUCUGCUCGAAGCAUUUUCAGCCCAAAGAUUUUCUUAAUGAAUAUUUGGACCGUUUAAAUUCCAAUGCAGUUCCAUCGGUUUAUGAUCCUAAGCAAAGCUUGUACAAUAUAACAUGUGUUCUUUGUGGAAGAGCACGAAGAGAUCCACCUUCAGCGGAUUACGAUGGAACAACCUUUCAUCAUUUUCCUGGAGAAGAAUUCCGCUGUCUUAAAUGGUUGGACUUUGUUGGUGUGGAUUCUUAUUACAGGCUAACAAGGAAGGAAAUACUUUUCUGCUAUAUCUGUUCCAAGCAUUUUGAUGGUUCCCAAUUUGUAUCAGGAUUUAAGGGAAGAUUAACGGAAAAUGCAGUUCCUAGUAUUCGUGAUCCAGACCAAUUGGAUGAAACAGAAUCAUGUAUUAUCGAGUCACAGGCUGAACCAAGACUUUUCAGCCCUUCAGAUAAAAGCAAAAAGCUGGAACCGCUGCCUAUUAAGGUAUUGGAAAGCCAGGCUUGUGCAGCUUGUGGUCGGUUAAGAUCUGAUCCGAGGAACAAGACUGAACGUUACAAGUUUCAUCCGUUCCCAGCAUACGAAAUAGGUCGAUGUUUGCGCUGGUGUCAAUUCUUGGGCCGGGAAGAUUUACUUAAAAUGUCGCCCAACCAAAUACGCAAACUCGUACUUUGUUCAAAACAUUUUCAGACCGGCCAAAGCUUCCACAAAAUCGGCCCAUGUGAUGCGGUUCCCACAAUUAAGGACAUUUCUGAAUCUGAAAAUAUUAUGGAACAAAACGAGGAUGAUCAAGACCUUGGAGAAGUCGGCAAAGACCCAUCCAAAGUUCUUAAGCGUUGCUCCAGGCCAUUGGUAUCCAGCAAAAAACCAAAAAUAGACAACAAACCUGCGCCAUUAGCAAAGAAACGAGGAAAAUCCCGAAGACCGACUUCUAUUAAUAUUCCUAGACCUAUGCCCAGCAAUUUAGAGGGCCAAGUGAUUAGAAAACUACCUCUUCCAUCUACAACCAAUUGGAAGUUCCAGUUUGGAGAUCAAUUCCAGCCAAUUACAAUUAAUAAUAUCCCUUCGAAUAUUAUAAAUAAUCAGGCAAAUAUUAAAAAAAUUAUAGUGCCGUUUACCGGAGAUAUAUCAAAUAUAUCAACUCUUGGUACUCCGAUACCAGUUCAUAGUUUAUCAAGUAUUCCCCCAGGACUACUAAUCAAAAUAAAUUUGCCAGAACAAGAACAGCAACCACAACAACAGCAGAAAUUGUCAAAGGCGAAAAAGCAAAACAAGACAAGGAACGUGACAAGUAGUCCAAAUGAACUUGAAAUUUGGGAAAAGAAUAACGGCCAAGCUUCUGUUAAAUUACAAAAUACGAAACGAAAUAAAGAUAAAAAUCUAGUAGAGCUAUCAAUUUCUUCAGAACCUGCAGAAGAGACUUUUAAUUCUAAUGAAAUAGAAAUGCAGGAUGAAGUGAUUCCGCAGUUGGAGAUUUUAGAAGACGGAGUACAGGUAAAAGGAAAACAGUAUUUUAAGGAGUUGGAGAAAGUGAAGAAAAUUCCGGCGAAGAGAAAGAAAGUAAAGCGACAAAAAAGAAUUACGGGAACCAUGAGAAGAACUAUGUUUCCUAUCAAGGAUGAAAUUAAAUAUUUCUUUAGAAAAAUGAUACCGCUAAUGCGUCGGCUACCGACACAGGCUAGGGCGACGUUGAAAUUGUCAAUCGUUAACAUGGUAAUCGAUCAACUCUGAAGUUGCAAAAAUAUAUAUUUUAGAAUCAAGAUUUUUACAUGAGCUUGUUGAUUAGAAAAUACUUGACGAAAUUUACGAAUACUAUUUAUACUUAAUACAAGCUCUUCAAUUAGUUUGUCAUAUAGGAUAAUGUUCAAGAAUUCUUCAAAAGUUUGCUUAUUUAUUUGAACAAUACAAACGAUUGAAAAAAUGUUUCGCAAAAUAACUUUUAAAAAUAAAGGAAAAAUCCAAGAAUUAAAUGAUAA